GGGUGCUGGAUAGUUAACACUUUAUGAGGUUCUGUUUGUAGCUUUAUUUAUUUAUCUUUGGUGCCUGAGUGAAUUUUUAACACUUUUGGGAGGAAGUUAAAGAUUGUAGCUUUAUUCAUUUCUCUGAUGUGCUGGAUAGUUAAUACUUUAUGGGGUUCUAUUGUUUAUUUCUAGGAUCAGAGUUGUGCUAUUUGUUACUUUAAGGUGGGAACCAGAGCUUUGAAGUGAUUCUUUUUGGUGUGUUUUGGGGUUUUGUCUCCUCCCCUUUAGCUUUUCUCAGCUUGGCAUGAGUAAAGCUGAAUUCUUUUUAAAGUUGGGAGAAUUGCUUGAGUUAACUAGUUGACUAGAUUCUGAAUCUGUGCUUGCUGAGGAAUUUACGCUCUUGAAGGGUAGCCUUGGACCAACGGUUCUAUUUGUGGUCAGCUUCAUGGAUUCUCCACAGUCUGUUGUGUCACCAUUUAAGGGCUCCUCCGUCUUCACUGACUCUGAGAAGCAAAGCAAUGAAUUUUUCAGCAAGAAUCCUUCUGGCCUAUCCCAGGGAAUUUCUGCUCAUAGAGAGGAGGCUGAAGCCUUCAACAUGGAGGACUUCAUUGGCGUUCUCGACGUGUACGUGCAUCAGGCUAGAGAUAUCCACAACAUCUGUAUUUACCAUAAACAAGAUGUUUAUGCAAAACUUUGCCUUACAAGUGAUCCUGAAAGUGCAGUCUCCACUCAAACCAUUAAUGGCGGUGGGAAAAGUCCAGUCUUCAAUGAAAAUUUAAGGCUCAAUGUUCGUACAAUAAAAUGUUCUGUUAAAUGUGAGAUAUGGAUGAUGAGCAGGGUGAAGAAUUAUUUGGAAGACCAAUUGUUGGGCUUUGCACUAGUCCCCCUGUCUGAAAUCCUUGUGAAAAAUGGAAAGUUAGAAAAAGAGUUCUCUCUUUCGUCCACUGAUCUCUUUCACUCCCCAGCAGGAUUUGUACACUUGUCCCUUUCUUACAAUGGAACUUCACCUGAAGUGAUUGAAAUUCCUGCAUUUCCCAUAUCAGAAACUGAUGCAUCUCGGACAGACAGCGAAGCACGUGAGUCCCUACCAAACGAGUUUGACAAAAUUGAGUUCCCAGAUCCUAAGAUUGUAAAUGAGAAUAAUCUUAUGGUCUCUGAGUACUUCAAUAUACCAGGCACUAAUCCAGAUUCUCAAAGCUCGGAUAGCUUGGUCUCUUCUGAUACAGAAAACCAGCUCAAUCCAGAAGUCGAUGUCCAUAUGGAAAAUGUUCCAAGUGAGGUUGCUAAUUUCCACCAAUAUCCAAAGCGUGAUUCGCCUCCUAGCAGCAUAUCAACCAUCGACUCUCCAUCAGCUUUGCAUCCCGCAAGCUCUCAGUCCUCCGAGACCCAAGGAGCUUCCAAGUCUCCAGGGGAAGAAUAUGCGUCAGCUUCUAAAGAAUGUCCCACAGGUAAAAAUAAUUUUGGAAAUGCUGAGAGCAACAUAUCAGAAAGCAAGCCUGCAAGUGCAUUUCCAAAGCCAGUAGUCAUUGAGCCAGAGCAAAAGGUUGUUCAACAGGAUAUUGUGGAUAUGUACAUGAAAAGUAUGCAGCAAUUUACUGAGUCAUUGGCAAAGAUGAAGCUUCCACUGGACAUCGAAAAUGGGACAACCAGUUCUGAUAAUUCGAGUUCAGAUCAGACAUCGCAAACACCCAAGAGCACUAGCUCACGGGUGUUCUAUGGCAGCAGAGCUUUUUUCUGAGCUUUUAUGAAUGGUUCUCAAAUGACCUAUAGUGCAAUUAGGAGCAAGUCUAAAAAGAUAAGUGAACGCUAAGGAUUUUAUGAAUGUGGUGUUUAUCCAUUUUAUCUUUUGAAUGCUUAAAAUGCUCUGAACUAAUCAACUUUUGUCUGUUGAAGACUUGUUUUACUUCAGUACCUUGUAGUUAAUUAGAACAUUGUGCUUAAUUUAUGCUCAGCAUUUCCCUUGGAAUAAUUUGAAUUA